AUCGCUCAACAUUCCAGAAAAAAGCACCACAUAACUGACAGACACAGUCAGGUUUUCCAACGCUCAGUCUAUCAUUGUGCAAUGGCUUCCUUGCAGCUGGGACAUCAGUGGAUGUUUUUUUUUUGUUUUUUUACCUCGGCGAUCAUUUGCAGUUGAACUGCAAGAUGUUUCAUUAUCACCCAUUUCGGUAUAAGGAUCUGGAGGAACGAACUCACUGUUGUGAACAUCUGUUGGCUCUGAAAGUUCCCGUGAGAGAAUGAAUGGUAAGCUUCUCUAUCUUUUGUUUACUCUGGUGCUAUCCACGUUCAUAGCUGUAAAGGUAUUAGUUGGAUCCCUGGAGGAUUCGAUUGUGAGAAGUGUCACCUCUCUUUCGCUUGAGCAGGUUGGAAGGCGCUUUCUUCUUUCUAGGUGUCAUUCUGAUUACAUGGAGUAAAUGUUUGAUAUCCAGUCAGACCUAAAUGAGGAAAAAACAAAAGUUCAAUAACUGCCAGGAAAACAAAAGUUCAAUAAUUGCAAACUUCAGUGUUUUGCCUUGGUCAGUAAGAAAAAAAGAGGAUCCAAAACAUUUAAUAAGGCUCCAUUAAUAUUUAAUUGAGCAACUAAGAAAACAAACGUGCUUAACUGUAACUGAUGAGGGGUUCUAUAUCACCGAUGAUGUGUGUCUUUGGCGUGUAGACUAAACAGCUGAGCGGCAGGUCUUACCUUGCUGGAUACUCUAGCUUGCUGACAGUCUAUUGAGGGGAGAAAGUCGAUACCAACAAAACUAUUUGCUGAAUACAGGAGUAAAAACCAGAAAGCAAAGAGGAUGGUGAAGUUCCAUUGAUGAAAUCUCUUUCAUCUAUGAUGUGUUUCUUAAGAUAUUAUACUGUUAAUAUAUAUUUAUUAUAAGUGUCUAAUCUCUAUCAAAGUACUCAUUGUGACUGCUGGUUCUGCAACCAAGGGCAAACAAUGAUGUCUUUUGCAUUUAAUGCAUGAGAUUUUAGUCAUAUGAUUAAUCUAAAUUAUUUGAAUCUUGCAACUCAAAAGAUUCCUUUUAAUAUUACCAUGUCUGUUAUCUAUUACUGAUUUGGUCUGUUCUAAUCUAAUAUUUUUUUGUAGACAAUUCUUAUUAUUUCCCAACACAUGACGUAAACAACAUCAUUUAUAUUUGUACAUACAUACAGUUAACACAUAAAUACAAAACACAGACAUUUUAGUUAAAAACUUAAUUCUUUAAUAAUGCAUAAAAACUGCAGAGCAUCUGCAUUCCACAAAAGAGGGACCAAAAGGUCAGAGUUUUGAUCACACUGGGGUCACAACAUAUCAGGUGUCCAAAUUGACCGCCCUGAUCUUGCACACAGAAUUACAUGCACUUAAAAUUUACAUCAUAAACAGAUACCCAAAGCAACAUCAGUCUUGUUCAGCAACCAACAACAUAACUUCUACAUAGUUUCCAGAAAUGGCCAGGCAAGGCAAGAACAAAGUCUACAAACAGGUUCCCAAGAAGUUGACAAAAGAGUUGGCGAACCCUCCAACCAGCACACCUUCAAACGAUCAACAACAUAAACAUCCUGCCCAUCAUCAAAAGCAUUGUUUUCUGACAGCAAUGCAGCAUCUGAUGACUCGGUAUUUGCACAUGUUUUCCCCUUUGUUUCUUGAUUGUUUGAGCUUGAAUUAUCGUUUCUUUGGCCUAUUUUAUGCUAGGUUAUGUUCCUUUGUCACAUUUCAGGUCCUAGCACAUAAAGUGAAGCAUAGGCGCAAGUUUCAAAUCAAUCAGAGAUCAAUUGACGAUUCGGGAGAAGAAACUCGGGCAUGACCUGAAGAAGAAUGGAUUUCUACCUUACUUUAUGGACAAAUAAUCAUGCAAGCUUUGUAUGAAAAGAAAGAGGACGAGACUACGAGCGUCUGGGAUCAAACGGGGACUGAUUCGAAGUCCGGACGAGGGAGAAACGAAGCAUUAAAUAGAGGCUGAGCAAGCCACACGGGCACGACCCACACGGCCGUGUGAACUGGCCAUAUGGCCGUGUGGAAAUCACCGAGGGAUCACACGGGCAGCUGGGAAAGCCACACGGCCGUGUGGCCUGGCCGUGUGAGUCGGGAAUUGCUGUUUAAAACCCGAUUUUCAGCAAAAGGAAAGAGGGAGAGCUGGGUUUUGGAUCCCAAACACCCAAGGGACGAACCCUAGAGAGAGAGAGCGACUUGGGAACGUUCUUGGAGCUAUUUUGGAGGAUUUCUUCGCCAUUGAAGCUCAGGAAUCAAGCUUGGAGAUGGAGAUUGAAGAUCUAGAUCAGAUUUCUGCAGUCUCUCUCUUCUCUAUGGAGUAACUUCCUUUCACUUAGGUUUUGAGGAACCCUAGUUCCAUGAGUUAGGAUCUUUCUUGUAUGAAGUUUUGGAUGCUUUAUUGUUUGAUUAUAAUCGAAUGAUGCAUGUUUAUUGAGUCAAUUGAAGUCUGAUCAACUUUUCCUGAUUCCUGCUGCAAUCUGAGAUAGAUAGAAUCUGAUUAGGUUGCUAGAGUCUCAUCAUUCGGUAGUAGGAGAUUGGCUAUACGAGAGUUAGCCAGUUUACUGCUUUGUACUGGAAUCCAAUUCCAGUAGUGGAGUUCUGUGCUUAUUGCUUCAGCUUUCUAUCCCGGUGAAGACUAGUCGUCUGCCGGAUAGUUAGACUGAGAGGGUUUGGUCAGCUUAAGAGAUUCCAAACUACUGUCGGAUCUUCUGCAGUUUAAUCAACAGUAAAACAACCAAAAGGAAUUACAACUUGGACCUAAUUGAGGAGCUAGGGGGAAUCAUACCUAAGUGAGUUCCCAAACUGUAAUUAGUAGUUUUACUUAGUUUAGUUAGUAGAGUAGUUUGGUUAAUCAAUCCUUAAUCUAGUUUGCUAGAUAAUGAACUGAAGCUGAGUAAUAGUAACUCUAGAGACCCGUGGAUUCGAUAUUUAUUACUUGUGCCACUAUACUGCAGUCUCUUUCAUUGGUUACACUUGGCCAUUGUUAGGUGUUGUGUUUUAGAGCAUCAAGUUUUUGGCGCAGUUGCCGGGGACCCUCUAGGUUAUUGGGGAAACGUGAGAAUUUGUUACUCUAGCUUUUUAUUUACUGCAUUUUAUCUCUUCCACCUGUGUACCUUCACGGGUUGCUUCUGCUGAUUGUGUGCAGGUAGUGCAUGACCCGUAGCCAGUCGGGAGAUCUACUACCACUAGACCAAGAGCUUGAACGAACCUGCAGGAACUUCAAGCGGGCUCUAAAGGCGCGACUGGCUGCGGAGGAGGCGCUAUCACAGCUGCAGUUAGAGGAGGAAGAAGAAGAGAUGGCUGAACCAGGGAACCAUGAUAUGAUCCCUGAGGAGCAAACCAUGGGAUCCCACUGGACCGCUAGAGCUGCGGAUAUGAGGUCACCCAUUCAACAUCCUCAUGUCCCAGCCAACAAUUUUGAGGUGAGCACCUCAGUAAUCACCAUGCUGCGCGGUUCAGUAGUGUUCCGUGGUAAGGAGGGGGAGUGCCCCCGAUCACAUCUCAUGCGAUUCCACGAGCUCAUCGAUGGAAUCAAAAUCAACGGGGUCCCAGCAGAUGCCAUCCAGCUGAGAUACUUCCCUUUCACCCUGGAGGGGCAGGCCAAGGAGUGGCUAGACACUCGACCUCCGGGCUCCAUCACCACGUUCGCCAACCUGGAGGACAAGUUCCUUACCCGUUACCAUCCUCCGUCGAAGACGGCGGACUUGCAGAAGCAGAUCACCCACUUCACCCAGGAUGAAGAUGAGACCAUCCGGGACGCCUGGGAGAGAUACAACAGUCUCUUCCUGAGGUGUCCCAAUCAUGGUUUCAACGAUGCUUUCAAGGUGGGAACCUUCUAUCACGCCCUCUUCCCGGAGGACAAGCAGCUGAUUGAUUCGGUUUGUGGCGGGAACAUGCUGACCAAAACACCGCCACAGCUGAAUCAACUCUUUGAGGAGAUGGCGGAGAAUGGGUACGAUUGGGGCACUGCCAGGAGAUCGAGACGAGCACCAGGACGGGGUGUGCAUGCUGUAGGCACCCAGUCAUCUGAUUUGGUGCAGGUGGUAUCGAAGCUGGUGUCAGCUAUCGAUCGUUCUGGUUUGAUUGCAGGUACGGGCCAGCCGCAGGCGAUGCUCUGCCAGUGGUGCGAGAGCACCCAUCACAUUGUGGAAGACUGCCAGGCGAUGAAGGAAUCCACCACGCCCCAGGAGCAGGUGAACUUCAUCAACAAUGUCAGGCGCAAUGACCCCUACAGUAACACCUACAAUGAGGGGUGGCGCCAGCAUCCCAACUUCUCCUGGGGUGGGGCAAAUUCCAGACCACCAGUCCCCCAAGGACCACCGGGCUUCCAGAGGCCACCAUAUCAACCCAGACAGGGGCAAUUCCAGCAGCCACAACAGUCUCUCUACCAGCCCAUGCAAGGGCAUGCUGCUCCAUCACAGCCGCGACCUUUCCAGCAGCCAGGUGCAGCCCCUGCCGCCCCAGUGCAGAAUGAUCAGAUGGCUGAACUGCGGGAAUUGGUGGGUUCUCUCGCCAGUUCUAGUGCUCAGAAAUUCAAUACUAUCGAGCAGUUCAUGGAAAAGGCAUCGGGUAAAUUCCUGGCUCUUGAAGCUGGCCAGAGAAACACACAGGCUGUCUUGCAGGAUAUCCAGACCCAGCUGGGGAGUGUGGCUCAAGCAGUGGCACAAAGGGCUCCUGGUACCUUGCCCGGUCAGACCAUUCCUCACCCUCAGAACCCGAAUGAGCACUGCAAUGCCAUCAUGACCAGGAGUGGCAAGAUGACUGUUGAUCCACCUGCUCGGGAACAAGAGAGAGAGGCCCCUGCCUCGGCAUAUCCAGCAGCUGAAGCAGAAGCAGAGAAGGAGGUUGUGGUGCCUGCACCUAAACCGCAUCCAGUAGUGAAGGAGUACAUCCCUAAACUCCCCUUCCCUACUCAGUUGCACAAAGACAGGCUGGAGGCAGAGUUCGAGAACUUCAUGGCCAUGCUUAGGAAGCUGAAUGUCCAAGUGCCUUUCCUGGAGGCACUAUCUCAAAUGCCUAAGUAUGCGAAGUUCCUGAAGGAUCUUCUCUCAAAGAAGCAGAAGCUGAGCGAGCUGGCCACUGUGGAGCUCAGCGAGGAGUGCUCGGCCAUUCUGCAGAACAAGCUUCCGCAGAAACAGAAGGACCCAGGUAGUUUUACUAUCCCGUGCUCUAUAGAGAAUUUGCAUGUAGAGAGGUCCUUGGCGGAUUUAGGUGCUAGUAUAAAUGUUAUGCCAUAUAAGCUGUUUAAGAAACUAGGCCUAGGUGAACCCCGUGCUACUAGGAUGAGCCUUCAAUUAGCUGAUCGAUCUGUAGUGCAUCCUAGGGGCAUAGUGGAAGACCUUUUGGUUAAGGUUGGCAAAUUCAAUUAUCCUGUUGAUUUUGUGAUUUUGGAUAUAAAUGAGGAUGUGAAUGUGCCAUUGAUACUGGGAAGGCCUUUCCUGGCCACCGCCAAGGCCCUCAUAGAUGUGCAUGAUGGGACCUUAGUUCUGAGGGAUGGUGAGGAGCGAAUAAAAUUUUCAAUUUCUAAUACUCUUCCUGCUUCGUCACCUCUGCAUGCUGUAUCUCACCAGGAGCACGAGUCUGUCGUGUAUCCUUCUGUGUUGCCUAUUUUGCAAGAUCCGCCUCCCAUACCUUCGCCGCCACUCCCGUCCAAUCCAUCAUCGAAGGAACAGAUUAAGGCGGAGUGGCGGCCGAAACAGCAGGCAGCUAAGCCUGAUCGAAAGAAGGCCGGAGACCACUAUGAGCUGGUCCCGCCCCCACCUUGGCCAUCCGAGUAUUCACUCGCUUACAUCCUGCCGGAUGGCCAAGUUGAGUUGGCAAAUGCUGGUGGCCACAUUCGGCGUGUGCAUGGCCACCAUUUGAAGUUGUACCUCAAGAGCGAGGUGGAUCCGCUCUUGAAGGCACCUGCUCCUUCACCUCACUGAGCAUCCACCGACUGGCGUCCAGCUAAAAGACGGUAAAGAAGCGCUGGUGGGGAGGCAACCCCACCUAGGUUUGCAUUUUCUUACCUUUUUCUUUUUGAUUUUUGUGUUUUUUGAGUCUUGAGAUGUUGUUCCAGAGUCGAAUAGCGUUUUUGAGUGAAAACAGGUUGAUUUUGGGGCUCCAGCAGUUCACACGGCCAAGCCUUAAACUCACACGGCCGUGUGGAUACCUUCCAUUGGCCGUGUGAGCUCUCGGCAAUUUCCACACGGCCAAAUGUGCAGCUGGCACGGCCGUGUGGAUUGGCCUGGCCGUGCGGCCGACACGGGCAAAGCAUUUGAUCGCACGGCCAUGUGAAGGAGUGCCCUGGCCGUGUCUGCCCCGCAGAAUAUGGCACGGCCAAAUGAGCACUUGGCACGGCCGUGUGACAUUCCUCGGCCAGGCCGUGUCGGCCGACACGGGCAAAAAUACACGCGACACGGCCGU